UUCUUUUAUUCUUGUGAAAAUACAACCACAAUAAUGGAUUUGUUUAUAAACAUCGAUAUUUUUAAUUCUGAUGAUGACUAUGAAGAUUAUAAAUUUCUAGAAAGAAGACAGUAUACAAUUCAAAGUAAACCCAAUAAUUUUCAAAUGUGGGAUGAUAUCGAAUUUAUUCAACGAUACCGUUUGAAAAAAACUACAGUACUUGAAUUAUUGCAUAGGAUUCAAGAGCAAUUAUUAAUACAGAACAUACACAAUAGCCCCAGAAGUAAUGUAAUUAUAAUGAAGUUGAAGAUGAAGCUACAUAAUUCUCAAGAAAUAAAGUCAAUUUUGAAACAAUAUAAUGUAUGUUACAAUAGACUGAAAUUCUAA